ACGGAGUUGGGGUGGUGACAAAGCUGGCAAAUGAGAGAGUUUUCCUACUUCCUUUUUUCUAUUUUGAUAAAUUUCCUGCUGAACUGGAAAACCCCAGUGUCAAACCCCAGCUUCAUCCAGACAGACAAGCUGCUCUAGAGACUUGAGCUGCACCUGGCAGUAUCUGGUAGAACUUGCCUCCAACUUCAUGUUGCUGUGGCUACAGCUUCUGGUCCUUGCUCCUGUCGGUGUCCAGACGGACUGGCUGAGUAUCAGCAUACCAAACGAUGUCUAUGAAGGAGACCAGGUGGUUAUAAGAUGCUCUGGGGAAACAAAUGACAGGAUAGAGAGACUAAUGUACUACAAGGAUGACUCUCAAAUAUCAACUCACCAUAAUGCCGCAAGCUAUACCAUUUCAAAUGCAAGACCCAGCGACAGCGGUUCCUAUUUCUGUAAGGCAGAUAGGAAAUUAUUCUUUAUUAUAGAUGUGACAGAAAAAACAAGAACUUCAUGGCUCACUGUCCAAGAGCUGUUUCCAGCCCCUGGGCUGACAGCCACACCCACUCGACCCACAGAGGGGAGCUCAGUGACGCUGUCCUGUAACACCAGACUCCCCGCAGCUAGGUCAUCAACCCAGCUUCGCUAUUCCUUCAUCAGAGAUGGCCACACCCUGAAGUCAGACUGGAGCUCAUCGAAGGUUGAGAUCUCAGUGAUACGGAAAGAAGACUCAGGAUAUUACUGGUGUGAGGCAAUGACAGCAUCUCACAGUGUCUCCAAGCAGAGUCACCAAACCUAUAUAGAAGUGCAGAGGGUCCCUGUGUCUCAGGUCUCCAUGGAGACCCAUCCACCAGGGGGCCAGGCGGUUGAGGGGGAGAUGCUGGUCCUUGUCUGCUUUGUGGCUGAAGGCACAGGGGUCAUCACAUUCUCCUGGCACAGAGAAGACACAAAGGACAGUCUGGGGAGGAAAACUCAGCGUUCCCAGAGAGCAGAGCUGGAGAUACCUGUUGUCAGGGGAAGCCAUGGCGGGGGCUUCUACUGUACAGCUGACAACAGCUACGGCCCCAUCCAGAGCCAGGUGGUGAACAUCACUGUGAGAGUUCCAGUGUCACAUCCUAUCCUCACAUUCCGUGCUCCUGGGACCCUGGCCUUCAUUGGAGAUGUGGUGGAGCUUCACUGUGAAGACAGGAGAGCGUCUCCCCCAAUUCUGUACUGGUUUUACCAUGAAAAUGUCAUCCUGGGGAACACCUCAGCACCUUUUGGAGGAGGAGCAUCCUUCAACUUCUCCCUGACUUCAAAACAUUCUGGAAACUACUCCUGUAAAGCUGACAAUGGUCUGGGGGCCCAGCACAGUGAGCUGGUGAUACUCAGCGUCACAGAUACUCCUCCCAAAGUUCGUUUGAUGAAUGGUCCCCACCGCUGCGAAGGGCGGGUGGAGGUGGAACAGGAAGGUCGCUGGGGUACUGUGUGUGAUGACGGCUGGGACAUGAAGGAUGUGACGGUGGUGUGUCGGGAGCUGGGCUGCGGAGCAGGCAAACACACACCUGCAGGCAUGUUGUAUCUACCAUUGGCAGAAAAGGCCCAGCCUGUGCUCAUUCAGGUGGCCCUGUGCAACGGGACCGAAGAGGCACUGGCUGAAUGUGAGCAGAUUGAGGUCUUUGACUGUGGACAUGAUGAGGAUGCAGGGGCUGUGUGUGAAGGUAGUUAGGGGCAGAUGGGAACUGUGGACUGACCCAGCUUCUUUCUGAGGCUGCCACCUCCAUAGGUGACUCACUAUUGCCCCCUCCCUCACCAUUCUCCAGUCGCAUGUGAUCAGGGCAAAACUAUAAGUUCACAUUGUCCAGAGUCAGAAAGGCAUCUCCUGUGUCUCAUAUUAUUACUGCUUUUCUGUCAUCUUAUAAAACAACCCAUUAAUAUUUUUACAGGUGUGGAUUGGGGCAUAAGGCCAAGAAAAUAAUUAUGAAGCCAUAGGGUGAUGUGGUCUGAGUGAUUCUCAUCAAGGUUUACAUUGUUCUGUAAACUCUUCAGUUCUUCUGAGCGCUGUCCUAAACAACUCCGUUCAUCAAAAUAAAGCCCUGAAUUCUAGUGGGAGAGGAUGGGGAUUGGGGGACUUGUCGGAAAGACACUGGGUCUGCCAAGUAAGUCAAGCCAUAAACCAUAAAGGAUAAAACUCAUUGAGGGUGAAAAUAAAAUGAAGAAAUUUUGGGACCUCUGAAGGUCCCAACACGUCCAUACAGCCAGUGCCUAGAGUGGAAACCAGGGAGACUGUUCUCUCCAGUCCCAGUGCAAGGCCUCCGUGGAACCCUGUGAUCCUAUAAGCCAGAAGUAUAGGAAUAGCCUUUCAGAGGUCCUGAGAAGAAAAACCUUUAGGUCCAGUGGCCCAUGCCCACUUUGAGGAACUGAGGUUAGUUCAGGAAAAUGGAGUCAGUAUUGGGCACUGGAAAGGUUCUGGAACAUGGAGUCCACUGUGCAGAGUUCGAAGUUCACCUUUCUCAACUACCAGCCAUAUAAGUAGCAGACUUCUCUGAAGCUCAUUAUCUUUGUCAUAAAGUGGAAUAAUGUUUAGUCCAACUUCCUCACCCUGUCAGGGUAAAAUCAAACAGCACACACUCAAAGACAUUUUGUGAAGGACCAAAUCUGGGAAGUUCAAGGGCUGAUUCGGGGUGGUCUGGAUGAGGGAGUGGGUCUGAGGUACACGCUGGCCUCCAUCAUCCUGGGUCUUACCUCUUGGAAGAUCCCUUGGGUUUUUCUGGAAGACCUUUCCUGGAUCUCUCCCUCCUGGUCCUCUUGUUCUCUUUUAUCUACAGUAAUUCCUGAACAUAUGGAGACUGGUGACAGCAGGCCUCAGAGGCCUGGAUAGUCCCACAACUCCCAAUGGCUUUAACACUUGCCUGCAGCUCACCCCUUCAGCUGGACUCUAAACACUGCUCUCCUGAGCCAGAGUCCCACCUGGCUACCUUAAGGGCAUAAUCCAACUCCCAAAGAGACCAAACUUGGUAUAAUUGUUUGCCCACAUUGGCAUCUUGUCUAGGUUCCCACCUUCCUAGCCUCCCUCAGAUCUGCUGGAGGAUCCCAGUGCUGUUUCCUGGGCAGAUGUAUCAGCCUGAGAUGGAACAAACAAGGAAUAAAAGUGAGGUAGGCUGGGUUCCAAGUCUGAUAGAAACAGACGUAUCAGCCAAAUUUCUAUUAUUCAGAAGUAACUGCUGUUCUGGUACUUGCAAAAAGUUUUUUAAAAUAUGUUACUAUAUAUAAAUUAAUACAUAUUUGAAAGUAUUGUUCUGUAAACUGCACAAUACUUUUUUUUUUUUUUGCCGUAUUGGGGAUUGAACUCAGGGCCUUAUGCUUGCAAGGCAAGCACUCUACCAGCUGAGCUAUCUCCCCAGCCCAUUACUUUUUAUACUACUUAUUAGAUUUAGCAAUGUAGAUACUGGGAAAUAAUCCCUAUAAGCAGCACUUAUGUUGACCCAAGAUGCUCCCUGAGCAUGACCCUUGCCCCACUCAUCAGACAAGCUUCCUAUGAAAUUGGGCAAAUUGACCCCAUUUUUUUUGGAAAUAACUAGCUAAGAUAUUCCUGGCCUCUUUAUUUUGAGCUCAUUUUUUUUUUUAAUU